AUGGCAUCCUACAAUUCUGAGGAGUCAGGCCUGACAAGAGAUAACGACAUACAGGUCAUCAACAGAGAUGAACCUUACCAGCCUACAGGUGAUGAGUAUCACGAGAAUGUCGUGUCUCCUUCGUUCCCAUCUUUAGACCUCCCCACCCCCAAUGGCACUCAUAAUCACCUCUUCGAUGACCUCGACAAUAAUCAGACCAAAGAAGACGGUAACUUUCCACCUUCCCUUUCACCAUUGACGGAAUUCGUAAAUACUCACGGAGAUCAUAUCAUCAAUGGAGAGAACGAAGACCGUAACGGUAAUGCCGGGAUCUUGACCAGGUUGAACACAAGCAAUAACUACAUACCACCAAUGCCGGCCCUUUCGGAAUCGCUCUCAGCUCCCACGAGCUACAUGCCUAAUAAUUAUGCUAAUACCAAUCGCAACCAGUUGAUGAUCACGGGGAAGAAGAAGAAGGAGGCCUCUGGCCCAAAGGUCAAACCAGCCUUCGUCAUGAAAGUUUGGUCAAUGGUCAAUGACCCAGAAAAUCAAGAAUAUAUCCGGUGGAACGAUGACGGUUUGACGUUUCAAGUGUACCAUCGCGAGGAGUUCAUGAAGAGUAUUCUCCCCAAGUACUUCAAGCAUAAUAAUUUUGCAUCGUUCGUCCGCCAGCUUAACAUGUACGGCUGGCAUAAGGUUCAAGACAUCAGCAGUGGCCUGAUGGCCAAGGAAGCCAAAAAUGCCGAGGAGGUGUGGCAGUUCAAGAAUCCAUACUUCGUCAGAGGUAGAGAGGAUCUUCUCGAUAAUAUUGUGCGUAAUAAGUCUGGUACGCAAGAAGAAGUUUCGGAACCUAAUAUUAAUCUCCAGCUUCUUGUCACUGAGCUUGACCAAAUCAAAAUGAAUCAGUUGGCUAUAAUCGAGGAUAUGAGGCGAAUCCGGAAAGACAAUCAAACCUUAUGGACCGAAAGUUUCGCUACCAGAGAGAAGCAUCAGAAGCAAUCGCACACCAUCGAUAAGAUCAUGAAGUUUCUUGCUGCAGUUUACGGUAACUCUGCUGGAAAGAUCUUUGAGGUUGAAAAUGGUAAUUUUGAUUCUAACUACGGUGUGCCCGCGCUCUAUCAGGGAAAUCAGCCUGCUCGACCAUCCUACAACAACACCGCUCCAAUCCUGAAAUCUCGUUUGAUGUUGAUGGAUCAAGAGCAUUCGGCAACUCCCUCCACCGAUGCUAGCUCGACGGCUGGACCCUCUAAGAGACCGUCGGUGGCUGGAAGCAAAGAUGGGUCUAUCGAGGAGAUUGUGAGAAACGACCAUAUUACGCCUCACGAUCCCUCUGCCAAUACAAUACUUCCCGAACUUCAAAGCCCAAACAUAGGGCCUAGUACGCCAUCUCAGCAGUUUUCAAAGUUGAAUUCUGGUGAACCUAAUGGUGACAUGUUGCUGGGUCUUGAACAAAACAUCUUCAAACAGGGCCAAGCUUUGCUGCAAGUCCAGGACUGGAUCCAGGCUUUGGCAAACAGGCAACAGCAACAACAGCACCAAUUGCAACAGCAGAAGAGCAACAACCUGCUGCCUGUUGCUAAUCCUGAUCUCGAUGACUUUGAUGUCAACGAGUUCCUCAACAGCUCCAACUCCGUUCCUCCGUCGCAAGAUCAGCCCGAUCCGGCACUUGAUGUUGGGGAGGAUAACGACAAGAAGCGUCAUAUCGAGGAGGUUGUUGACAAUGAGCCACGUUCCAAACGCACCAGAACACGCAGCAAGCGUUAA